CUUCAAACCAUUCGUUGCUUUUUCUAAGAAAAACCCAAAAGUUUAUUCCUUGAAAAAUGCCCAGAAAAAAGCCCAUUUAACUACUCCCCAAUUCAAUUUUCAUUUCCAUGUUUAAACUCCAUUUUUAAUAAUUUGUUCUUCCCUGUUCUUUGUUUGGUGAGGGGAAAGUUUUUCUUCCCCUUCUUUCUCAUUCUACUACUCUUCCUGCUAUGCUAACACCUUCACCAAACUCAUGGGUUAUCGCAAUCACCACCUUAGAUUAUUUUUACACAGAAAACACACAAAACUCAGAUUAUCUCUCUGCAAUUUUACCACCUUGAAUCUCUCCAAUGGCGGAAAUGUUGAAGAAAUUUCAACACUUCUCAAACACAACAACUGGGAAAUUUUAAUGGGUUCUUCAAACAUCACUAAGAAGCUAAACCCAGAUAUUAUUCAAUCUGUUCUUCAUCAUAAUCAGUUUUCUGAUCCAACUAAACUUCUGGGUUUCUUCAAUUGGUCACAUUCUCAACUGGGUAUUCAUCAAAAUUUGUUUUCUUUCUCAAUUUUGGCUGUUCUUCUUUGUAAUUCUAGCUGUUUUCCUCUUGCGAAUGGGGUCAUUGAAUGUAUGUUCGAAUCCCACCGACCUCCUCCCUUCAUGGUUUUUGAUUCUGUGGCUAGUUGUGUGAGGGAAUAUAAUAGAUGUGAAUCUAAAUCUUUAGUUUUUGAUAUAGUGAUCAAUGUUUGUAAGAAAAAGGGUUUCUUGAUUGAAGCUGCUAAUGUGUUUUUGUGUGUUAAAGAUAGUGAUUUUUGCCCUAGUUUGGUUUGUUGCAAUUCUUUGUUGUCUGACUUAUUGAAGAAGAGCAUGAUGGAUUUGUUUUGGAGGGUUUAUGAUAAAAUGUUGGAGGUAAAGCUUGGUCCUGACAUUUAUACUUAUACUAAUUUGAUUAGUGGUUUAUGUAAAGAAGGGAAGGUUAUGGAGGGUAAAAUGGUGAUUUUGGAUAUGAAAGAGAAGGGGUUUAGUCCUAGUUUAGUGACAUAUAAUGUACUUAUUAAUGGUUUGUGCAGAUGCAAGGCCUUAGAUGAAGCUUUAGAGCUCAAAGAUUCCUUGGCUAAUAAGGGCUUAGCUCCAGAUAGCUAUACUUACUCGAUUCUCGUUGAUGGGUUUUGUAAAAAUAGGAGGGCUCAGGAGGCAAAGUUACUGUUGGUUGAGAUGACGGGGAGGGGUUUGAAGCCUAACCAUGUUACUUACACUUCCUUAAUAGAUGGGUUUAUGAAGCAAGGUGAUGUGGUAGAGGCUCUCAAAAUCAAGGAUGAGAUGAUUGCUUGUGGUGUUAAGCUGAAUUUCCUGACGUAUGCUGCACUAAUUAGUGGUGUUUGCAGGAUAGGUGACAUGGAGAGGGGAAAGGGUCUUUUGUUUGAGAUGAUUAGAUUAGGUUUAAGUCCUAGUUCUCAGAUAUACAGCUAUUUAAUUGAAGGUUACUGCAGAGAAAAUAAAAUGGAGGAGGCCUAUAAGCUGCUUGCUGAGAUGAAGAGCAUGAAUUUGCCUCCUACAGCUUUCACGUACAACGCGAUUAUCAAUGCACUCUGUCUUGUAAAAAAUGUUCAAUGUGCUUAUAAUAUCCUACAAGAAAUGGCCGUUUGUGGUGUGAAACCAAAUGUGGUUACCUACACAACUUUGAUCAAAGGUUAUAUCCAUGGGGGUAACUCGGGUGAAGCAAUGAAGAUAUUUGAAGAAAUGAAAGAGAAAGGGAUUCUACCUGAUGUUUUUUGCUACAACUCUCUUGUGAUGGGCCUCUGCAAGGCUGAGAGAAUGGGAGAAGCAAGGUCUUAUUUUGAUGAGAUGGUGGACAGAGGGUUAAAGCCAGAUGCAUAUACUUAUGGUGCUCUUAUCCAUGGAUAUUGCAAAGUUGGGGAAAUGGAAAUUGCUAGUAGGUAUCUUGAAGAGAUGUCAAGUCGUGGUAUUAAACCAAAUGAUGUCGUCUAUGCUGCAUUUAUUGAUGGACAUUGCAAAGAAGGGAAUAUUGCUGAGGCCUUCUCAUCCUUUAAAGAUAUGCUUAGGCAGGAAGUUCUCCCUGAAUUACUUGCCUACAGUGUGCUGAUCCACAGCCUCGUCAAAAAUGGAAAGAUGCAAGAAGCAGCACAGGUAUUCGUAGAACUCAGGGAUAAGUCUUUGGUGCCUGAUGUGUAUACUUACAGUUCUUUAAUCUCUGGAUACUCUAAGCAAGGAGAUAUGAUAAAGGCUCUUGAACUUCUUGAAGAGAUGAGGAGGGAAGGUGUUCAACCAAAUAUUGUCACUUACAAUAGUUUGAUUAAUGGACUCUGCAAGUUUGGUGAAGUGGAGAAGGCACAAGGAUUCUUUUGUGAAGCCAUCGCAAAGGGGAUUGCACCAAACAGCGUGACUUAUUCUAUUUUUAUCGAUGUCUAUUCCAAAUGUGGGAACUUGGUGGAGGUAUUUAGGUUGUUUGAUGAGAUGCAAUCAAAGGGCAUUCCAUGCGAUAGCUUUAUAUACAAUUCCAUUAUUGAUGGUUGUUCUAGAAAAGGAGAUAUGGAGAAGGCUCUUUCCUUGUUUCAAGAAAUGUUGCACAAGGGUAUUGCUUCUGCACAUACUUUCAACACUUUAAUUGACGGGUUUUGCAAGUUAAAUAAGUCAACUGAAGCACUUAGACUCUUGCAAGACAUGAUUAACUUAAAUAUUGCACCCACCAAUGUGACAUUUACCAUUUUGAUUGAUCAUCACUGCAAAUUGGGAAUGAUGGAGGAAGCUGAAGAUCUCUUCUUGGAGAUGCAAAAUAGAAAUCUAAAGCCAACUGCCAUAACUUAUGCCUCCCUCUUGGAUGGACAUAACAGAAUAGGCAACGGGUUCAAGUUGGUGUCUCUUUUCAACGACUUGUUGACCAAGGGAGUUGAGCCUGAUGAAUCUAUAUAUUCUUUAGUGGUGCAUACUUAUUGUAGAGAAGGAAAUUGGAUGAGAGUCUUUCAGAUGUUAGAUGAAAUAUCACUUAAAGGUUUGACAUUGAAGGAAAAUGUAUGGGAUGCUUUAAUAGAAACCCUAAAUGAGAGGGAACAAUUUUCAGAAUUCGUAAAGUUACUUGAUAAUAUGGGACAGGAAGGCGUCAUGCUUAGAUCAAAUACUUGCACCAAUAUACUCCGUGCUUUCUGUCAAUCCCAACAUACAGACAAAGCAGCUAAGGUUCUUGAGAUCAUGGUUGAAUUUGGAUGGGUUCCCAUCGGCACUAGCUUAAGUAAAUUUAGUCACAUCCAUGGCCAAGACAACUCUCAGAGUUCUGACAGCCUUUCAGGCGAAGGGGCACUGACUGUUGCAUAUCCAGUGUAAGAGUGGUUUUAUAUAAUGUUGGCCUGUCACUAAUCUCAUGCUGCUAGCUGCUGCUAUUUCAGGGGAGGUCGCACAAAUACCAUCUGCAGAUUCUUGCUGCAUCUAUCUUGAUUAAAAGAUGCAAGAGUCCAGGUGGCUGAUUGAUCAACAAAUUGGAGUGGCAUCUACCGGAUUACACGCAUGGUUUCCUGUACGAGAUCAUGCACACGCUUAUGAAGAUCUCUAGUAAAGCAGUGGAGGAAAUUAUGCAAUCUUCUGCCCUUUGAAAGGUUUGACUCGUUUGACAAAGGAUACGUAUUGAACGGUCUUAUCUUUGAAGGGCUAAUCAGAAAAAUAAGUCUUUGAGAUGCUGGACUAACUUCUGCAAUCCCAGAACAAGUCAUAAGGAAGUGCAGUAGAAUAUUAUUCUCUAGAUCUCCGAUAAGUUCAGUUCAAAUAAGUUCAACAAGUGAAGCGAAGCAUGCUGGUGGCUCUAAUCGAUUGGGUACUAUAUAUAAGAAAAAGCAGCUUCUUCCAAUUAUGUUUUCCAAGUGAUCUACGAUCUUGCCCUGUUAAAAGAUUGUGGUUUUGUUGAAUUUGCUUCCACAUUCGCUUCGGUCACUCUCACUCAUGAAGUACAUCAACUAUGAGGAGGGCCUUUAUCUAGUUUCAAUUGCAUAGUGUGAGUUUUGGAAACCUCGGCAGCAAAUGAUACAUCUGCUGAUAGAUCUUUCGGUACAAUGAAAUGCUGGAUUCUAGCAAUUUCGAGACGUCAAGGUAAGGGAAGUCAUUAGUCAUGAUUCAUGAAUAUGAUUUAGAAGUUAAACUAUUAUAAUAUGUUCACAAUUGUAAUGAGAUUAACAGCAUAUCGUAUGUCGGAAUUAGGAUAGUUACUUGUCUAGUUCAUCCAUUUUUUUUGAAACAGUCCAACUGUUGCGGCUGUAUUUUCAUGCUGCCAUUUGGCAUAGUUGGAUGAACAUUCGUUGUCAUAACUCAUAAGACGACAUGUGUCCUCUAUAAUAAGACGGUAAGUGUCCGUGUAAUGAUGAGACACGUGUCUUUGUAGUCUUGUGUGCUUUAAGUAUUCGUUUAUUAAUAUAGAUACUAAUUUUGAA